AGAGAGGCAGUUCUUACCACAACAGAAUAAAAAUCAGAGGUCUGUUUCAACCACCAUCACUUUAACUCUACACCUCAAACCGGAUCUUCUGAAGCCAUGUCCUGUUGCAGCCUCGGGACCACACUGUUGCUGGUAGCAACGUCUUUGCUCAUAAAUGCAGACUUUUCUAGAGGUCAACUGCACUACUCUGAGACCACCACCACCACUGGCAUAGAGAGCGUGAUCACCUGUGAUGAGCUCAACAACGUGCAACGCCUGAGCUGUGAUAACGGAGUGAUCAGUGUGCAGGAAGCUCUCUAUGGACGUGCAGACAGUGAGAUCUGCAGUGAGGGGAAACCUCCAGAACAGCUUACCGAUACAAAGUGCUCUCAGCAGGGAACUCUAGAGGUCGUCCAGAAAAGAUGUGAUGGCAAAAGGGUGUGUGAAAUAAACACAAAUGUUGUCCGUACUUCUGAUCCUUGUGAUGGCAUCUACAAAUAUCUGGAGACCAAGUACACCUGCCUCCCAGCAAUCUACAGCGUAGUGUGUGAGCACUCUUCGGCAAACCUGCACUGUUAUGGACAGCAGAUUAUAUUAGUCUAUGGUGCUGAUUAUGGACGGCGUGACCCCACCACAUGCUCUUACCAACGACCUGCCUCUCAGGUCCAAAAUGUCGACUGCUCAAACCCCACAAGCAAAGUUGCUGAAAGCUGUAACGGGAAAAGCAGCUGUACUAUCAGAGCGAGCAACUCAGUGUUUGGAGACCCCUGUGUUGGCACUUAUAAGUACCUGGAGGUGGCUUACACAUGUCAAUACUUUUCAAGAGCCCAACAGUCUACUCCCUCGUCCACAGAGAGAGUGAUCACCUGCGAUGACGCCUUCAACGUCCAACGCCUGAGCUGUGAGAAUGGAGCGAUCAGUGUGCAGACAUCUCUGUAUGGACGUGCAGACAGUACAACCUGCAGUGAGGGCCGACCUCUACAACAGCUUGCCAAUACACGGUGCUCUCUGCGGGGCACUGUGGACGUCAUCAGGAGAAGAUGUGAUGGAAAGAGGGUGUGUGAAUUAAACACAAACACCUUCCGUAUUUCUGAUCCCUGCGUCGGUAUCUACAAAUACCUGGAGACCACCUACACCUGCUUACCAGCAAUCUACAGCGUAGCAUGUGAAGAGUCUUUUGCAAACCUGCAGUGUGAUGAAGGGCAGGUUAUAUUAGUCUAUGGUGCUGAUUACGGACGCCGUGACCCCACCACAUGCUCUUACCAGCGACCUGCCUCUCAGAUCCAAAAUGUCGAGUGCUCGAGCCCUACAAGCAGAGUUGCUGAACGCUGUAACGGGGAAAACAGCUGUGCUAUCAGAGCGAGCAACUUAGUGUUUGGAGACCCCUGUGUCGGAACUUAUAAGUACCUGGAGGUGGCUUACACAUGUCAAUAUCCUGGGAAUUAAACAAAAUAGCACAAC